UUAGCAUUUGCUUCUUCUUCUCUUCUUCAUCAUAAUGAAACAAAUCACUCUCAUCCUCGUUCUAAGUCUCCUCUCAUCUUUGUUUACGCCUCAAACCACAACGGCGUCUUCCUUAUUCCCGUUUCCAUUCCCGCUUCCGCUUCCAUUCUCGCUCCCUUCCAUCUUCGGUGCAAGUAUCGGAGGUAACGGUAGUAAUGAAGAGUUAGCUAGGAGGUGUUUCCCAGACCUAGGAGACGGAGAAGCCUGCGUGGCGGAAAUCUUCGGGUCAUUCUUUAACCGUCAAAUCACGAUAGGACCAGAAUGUUGCAAGGCCAUCGUUGAGAUCGACCAAGACUGCACACAAGCCGUUUUCAAACCAUUCACCGAUUCUUACUUUAGUACUUCUGUCAAUCAGUAUUGCACUUACAUCAAUAAUUGA